UCCUGGUUCUAGCUGUGGUGUUUUUUCCUCCCAGGUGUUUUUUCACUUUCGCUCUCUUCAUGGUGCUCAGCAGAUCUUUUCUCCGUGUGAAGCUUUGCUGAAGCUCCACAGUCUCUGGGACUGGAUGUGAGCUCAGCAGCUGAGCAUCUUCCCAGGAACAUUGUCAGUGCUGCUGUUGUACUGACCGAGUGCAGCUCUGCCAUGAGUCGGUGUGAGGACAGAGAGGAGGGAGGCCCUAACUCUGAAAGCCCUCUGUGUGGGGACCAUGAAAGGCAGAGCACAGCUCCCAGGAGGCGGCAGCAGAGACCAGACUCUCCUGAACCCAGGUGUGUGUCUAUGAAGAGUGACCAGUCAAUGGAACAGCCUCUUACCUUUAAAGCUCAACAGCCAGUUGAUACCAGGAGUCGGUGCCAGCAACCAGACUCUCCUGAACUCAGCUGUGUGUCCAUGAUGAGUGACCAAUCUAAGGAUGUGAUCAUUGACUUUAAAUCUGAACAACCUGCUGAUACGAGAGUUCAGCAGCAGAGCUCAGAGGUUCACAGUGAUCAGUCGGCACAGCAUCAGCCAGACCUGGACUCCAUAUUUAUGCUGCUGGAGGAGAACAUGGUCACUUUUGUGAAGAACGAGCUGAAGAAGAUCCAGAGGGCCCUGAGUCCAGAUUACCCGGAAUGCUUAGAGAGUCAGAGGGAGGAUGAGGAUGAGUUGGGCAGUGAAGACAAAGAGCAGAGGAGGAGCAGCAGAGAGUCAUUUCUGCAGAUCACAGUGAAUUUCCUGAGGAAGAUGAAGCAGGAGGAGCUGGCUGAGCAUCUGCAGAGCAGAGUCUGUCAACAUAAACUGAAGCAGAAGCUGCAGCAGAAGUUCCAGUGUGUGUUUCAGGGGAUUGCUAAACCAGGAAGCCCAACCCUUCUGAAUCAGAUCUACACAGAGCUCUACAUCACAGAGGGAGGGACUGGACAGAUCAGUGAUAAACAUGAGGUCAGACAGAUGGAAACAGCAUCCAGGAAACCAGUCAGACCAGAAACAGCCAUCAGACAAGAAGACAUCUUUAAACCCCCACCUGGAAGAGAUGGACCAAUCAGAAGAGUGCUGACAAAGGGGGUGGCUGGCAUUGGGAAAACACUCUUAGUACAGAAGUUCACACUGGACUGGGCUGAAGGCAAAGCCAACCAGGACAUCCACUUCACAUUUCCAUUCACUUUCAGAGAGCUGAAUCUGGUAAAAGAGAAGGUCAGCCUCGUGGAACUGGUUCAUCGCUUCUUUACUGAAACCAGAGGAAUCUGCAGCUUUGAAGAGUUCCGGGUCAUCUUCAUCUUUGACGGUCUUGAUGAGUGUCGGCCUCCUCUGGACUUCCAUGGCACUGAGGUCCUGACUGAUGUCACAGAGUCCACCUCAGUGGAUGUGCUGCUGACAAACCUCAUCAGGGGGAACCUGCUUCCCUCUGCUCACCUCUGGAUAACCACACGGCCUGCAGCAGCCAAUCAGAUCCCUCCUGAGUGUGUGGACAUGGUGACGGAGGUCAGAGGGUUCACUGACCCUCAGAAGGAUGAAUACUUCAGGAAGAGGUUCAGAGAUGAGGAGCAGGCCAGCAGGAUCAUCUCCCACAUCAAGAGCUCCCGAAGCCUCCACAUCAUGUGCCACAUCCCAGUCUUCUGCUGGAUCACUGCUACAGUUCUGGAGGAUGUGCUGGAAACCAGAGGGGGAGGAGAGCUGCCCAAGACCCUGACUCAGAUGUACAUCCACUUCCUGGUGGUUCAGACCAAACUGAAGAAGGUCAAGUAUGAUGGAGGAGCUGGGACAGAUCCACACUGGAGUCCAGAGAACAGGGAGAUGAUCCAGUCUCUGGGAAAACUGGCUUUUGAGCAGCUGCAGAAAGGCAACCUGAUCUUCUAUGAGUCAGACCUGACAGAGUGUGGCAUCGAUAUCAGAGCAGCCUCCGUGUACUCAGGAGUGUUCACACAGAUUUUUAAAGAGCAGCAAGGACUGUACCAGGACCCGGUGUUCUGUUUCAUCCAUCUGAGUGUUCAAGAGUUUCUGGCUGCUCUUCAUGUCCAUAUGACCUUCAUCACCUCUGGAGUCAAUCUGCUGGCAGAAGAACACACUACAUCCUCUAGGUCUGAAGUGUUCACAAACAAAUCAACACUCUUCUAUCAGAGAGCUGUGGACGAGGCCUUACAGAGUCCAAAUGGACACCUUGACUUGUUCCUCUGCUUCCUCCUGGGUCUUUCACUGCAGACCAAUCAGACUCUCCUACGAGGCCUGCUGACACAGACAGGAAGUGGCUCACAGACCAAUGAGGAAACCAUCGAGUACAUCAAGAAGAAGAUCAGUGAGGAUCUGUCUCCAGAGAGAAGCAUCAACCUGUUCCACUGUCUGAAUGAACUGAAUGAUGGGUCUCUAGUGGAGCAGGUCCAACAGUCCCUGAGAUCAGGAUGCCUCUCCACAGCGGCACUGUCACCUGCUCAGUGGUCAGCUCUGGUUUUCAGUUUACUCUCAUCAGACAAAGAUUUGGACGUGUUUGACCUGAAGAAAUACUCUGCUUCAGAGGAGGCUCUUCUGAUGCUGCUGCCUCAGCUGAAGAAUCUCUUUGCUUUACAGAAGGCUCUUCUGAGGCGGCCACCUGAGAUGAAGAAAUACCCUGCUUCAGAGGAGGUUCUUCUGAGGCUGCUGCCUGUGGUGAGAGCCUCCAACAAAGCUCUGCUGAGUGACUGUAAUCUGUCAGAGAGAAGCUGUGAAGCUCUGUCCUCAGAUGUCAGCUCCCAGUCCUCUAGUCUGAGACACCUGCACCUGAGUAACAAUGACCUGCAGGACUCAGGAGUGGAGCUGUUGUCUGUUGGACUGGGGAGUCCACACUGUAAACUCGUAACUCUCAGGCUCAGCAGCUGUAACCUGUCAGAGAGAAGUUGUGAAGCUCUGUCCUCGGUUCUCAGCUCCCAGUCCACUAGUCUGAGACACCUGGACCUGAGUAACAACAACCUGCAGGACUCAGGGGUGGAGCUGUUAUCUGCUGGACUGGGGAGUCCACAUUGUGAACUCAAAACUCUCAGACUGAGUGGCUGUGACCUGUCAGGGAGAAGCUGUGAAGUCCUGUCCUCAGUUCUCAUCUCCCAGUCCUCCAGUCUGACACACCUGGACAUGAGUAAUAACGACCUGCAGGACUCAGGAGUGGAGCUGUUGUCUGUUGGACUGCGGAGUCCACAUUGUGAACUGGAAACUCUCAGGCUGUCAGGCUGUCUGGUCACAGAGGAAGGCUGUGCUUCUCUGGCCACAGCUCUGAGCUCCAACCCCUCCCAUCUGAAAGAGCUGGAUCUGAACUACAACCAUCCAGGAGCCUCAGGAGUGAAGCUGCUGUCGGCUGGACUGGAGGAUCCACACUGGAGAAUGGAGUGUCUCAGGGUCGACCAUGGUGGGCCGCAGAGACUGAGACGUGGUCUGAGGAAGUAUUUCUGUGAACUGGAACUGGACACAAACACAGUGAACAGAAAACUACGACUGUCUGACAACAACAGGAAGGUGACAGGGGUGGAGGAGGAUCAGUCAUAUCCUGAUCAUCCAGACAGAUUUGACCACUGGUCUCAGCUGCUGUGUCGAACUGGCCUGACUGGUCGCUGUUACUGGGAGGUGGAGUUAAGAGGAAAGGUUGAAAUAUCAAUGAGUUACAGAGGAAUCAAGAGGAAAGGAGGCAGUGAUGACUGUGUGCUUGGAUGGAAUGAUAAGUCCUGGAGUCUGUUCUGCUCUGAUCACGGUUACUCUGUCUGUCACAAUAAGAACAUUACAUCCAUCUCCUCCUCCUCCUCCUCCUCAGUGUCUCACAGAGUAGCAGUGUAUGUGGACUGUCCUGCUGGAACUCUGUCCUUCUACACAAUCUCCUCUGACACACUGAUCCACUUCCACACCUUCAGCACCACAUUCACUGAACCUCUUUAUCCUGGGUUCUGCAUCUGGCCUGGUUCCUCAGUGUCUCUGUGUGGUGUGUAGGUGUGAGAGUCUCCUGUGUACAGAAACUCUGACUGAAGAUCAGCUGCUGAGAUCAAAGUUCACUCUCUUCACCAUCACACACUCUGCACUGUGAAGCAGACCUGUCUGACUCAGACACGAAACACUCAUUUGUCUAAUUUCAUCACUUUGACCAUCAACAUUUUACCAGGGGCCCAUUUCAAGAAGGAGGUUUUGUUGAAACUCUGAGUUUGUUAACCCCGAAAUAAGGAAAAC